AUGUCAAGCAACGUUUCACAAUGCCACAUCAGUAGAGAAAUGGAACCUUUUACCUAUUUUUACUACUUGAUUUUUCUUAUGGGAUUCAUUGGAAGUUGUUUUGCGCUAUGGGCGUUCACACAAAAAAGUCAGAAACAGAAGUGUAUGAGCAUCUACUUAAUUAACCUCUUAACUGCGGAUUUUUUGUUGACUUUGGCGUUACCAGUAAAGAUUAUUGUUGACCUAGGAGUUGCACCCUGGAAACUGAGAAUAUUCCACUGCCAAGUUACAGCCUGCUUCAUCUACCUGAACAUGUAUUUAUCGAUCAUAUUUCUGGGCUUUGUCAGCAUGGAUCGCUGCCUUCAGCUCAUGCACAGCUACAAGAUCUACCGCAUCCAGGAGCCCGGGUUUGCCAAGAUGCUGUCAGCAGUCGUGUGGACCAUGGUGCUCCUCAUCACAGUGCCUAACAUGGCUAUUCCAACAAAAACCAUCGAGGAAAGACCUGGGGCAGGAUGCAUCGAUUUCAAAACUAAGUUUGGAAGGGACUGGCACGUGUUUACCAAUUUCAUAUGCACAGCAAUAUUUCUGAAUUUCUCAGCUGUGAUACUGAUUUCCAAUUUCCUGGUUGUGAGACAACUCUACCGAAACAAAUACAGCGAGAGCUACACCAACGUGAAGCAAGCCCUGGUCAGCAUCCUGCUGGUCACAGCGGGCUACCUCCUGUGCUUCGUCCCAUACCACAUCGUGCGCAUCCCCUACACCCUGAGCCAGAGUGACACCAUCACCAGCUGCUCCCUCAAACAGGCGCUCUUCAAAGCCAAGGAGUCCACCCUGCUGUUCGCCGUGUCCAACCUCUGCUUCGACCCCAUCCUCUAUUACCACCUCUCCAAGUCAUUCCGGCUGAAAUUCUCUGAGACUUUUGCAGCAUCUAAAGAGGCAAAGGAUUCCAGGAACGACGAGGUGCAGCUCAGGAGGGAGCAGCAGGUGCCAGAGCACUGA